AUGUAUCCUCACCACAGAGAAAGGGAGCAGCCGAUCUUCAGCGCCCGGGCCCACGUCUUCCAGAUCGACCCCAACACCAAGAGGAACUGGAUCCCUGCCAGUAAACAUGCCGUCACCGUGUCCUUCUUCUACGAUGCCAAUCGCAACGUGUAUCGCAUCAUCAGCGUGGGCGGGACCAAGGCGAUCAUCAACUGCACCGUUACACCCAGCAUGACAUUCACCAAGACGUCCCAGAAGUUCGGUCAGUGGGCCGACAGCAGGGCCAACACCGUCUACGGUCUGGGCUUUGCCACGGAGCAGCAGCUGCAUCAGUUUGCAGAGAAGUUUAAGGAGGUGAAAGAUGCGGCUCGUCUGGCGCGAGAAAAGUCUCAGGACAAGGAGCUGGCCAACACUGCGCUCACCAUCGCAGCUCCUCAGUUCUCACAGGACCUCUCGGAUGAACUCCAGUCUCCACCGGUGAUGUGUGUGAACGGGCCGGAGGACAAGCUGUUCCGCAGCCAGAGCGCAGACAUCACCUUGUCUUCUGAGAAGGAGCGCAUUAAGAAGAUGCUCUCUGAAGGGUCCAUUUGUGAGAUGAACCUGGAAGCUGAGCUCUUCACUCUGCAGGACAGCAACUCCAAGUUGGUGGCAGCUUUGCACGAGGCUAAUGCUAACGUAGAGCAGUGGAAGAAACAGCUGGCAGCGUAUCAGGAGGAGACCGAGAGGCUCCGAGAGCAGGUGGUUGAGCUGGAGACCCACGGAGGCCAUGGCCCCAGCGACCUGUUGAAGGAUGAGCUGACUCAGUCCCUGGAGGAGCUGGAGGCCCUGCUGAAGGCCAAAGAUGAGGAAAUCCACAUUUUGCAGAGUAAGAAGGCAGAGUACCACGACAUGGAACACGACCGGGACGAGGCCAUCCACAGACUGCGGGAGAUGGAGAUGCGAAAUUCGGAUUUGGAGCGUCGCAUCCAGAACACGGAGCAGAACCUGAGUAACUCUCUGGAGGAGCGAGAUCGCAUGGAUUCUGAGAUCCAGCGGGCCAUAGAAAUUCUGGACAUCAAGAUCUUUGACCUUAAUGACCUCCGCCAGAGCCUUGUUAAACUUAUUGACAAGUAAGACGGACAAAUGGCAAAACGCAACCCCCUGAGAGAGGCGGAGCAGACGACCGCAGUGGUGAGCAGCCAACGGUCCCUGUCGUCCUCAAGCACAAGAACCACGCCGGCGGCAGGAAGGCGACUCCAUGUCUGUGCUGUGUUCAACAACAUGCUGUAGGUGCAGCAGCACAAACAUGGCAGCGCCUGUCCAAGCUAAUGUAACGCUUUGUGUUGCUUUCAAGGGUAACAUUCAAUGCAAUAAACCAAGUGUAAGGUAAGUGCUUAACGAUGCUAGAUACUCAGUAAUAAGAACUGGUGCUUGUGUGUUUUGUUUUCAUAGGUAUGACUUUUGUACACACUAUGGCGAUGCAGUGUCCAUGUGAAAGAUAAGAGGCCUUGGUUUUUCAUCUUUACAAGAAAACACGUCUGUAGGAACAGUGUGAAUGCAAAAAAAUACAUAUUGCACAAGAUGAAGUUACUUUUUGCCUAUUUAAGAGCCUGCAUACGACAUAAUUAUCACAGAAUUAACAGUUAAUACAAGUUUGAUUUGAGGUAAACUUAAGGUCUUGUAGUUAUCGUUCAUCAUAUAGCUGCUAUCAUGUCGUGUUAUGUGACGGGCAAAUGUUAGUCGGGAGCUUCUCCACAGCAACAAGCAGCGAUAAAAGGCCAGAGAAACAGUGAGCUGACAGGGUGAUUCAAGAACACAACAUGAACAGCAGAUCUGAGUACUGACACCAAAGAUCAGGUGUUGAGAGCUGAGGAAAUAAUAGGGCCUUUUAGUAGCUCGUCUCUUCUUGCAUCUUCAUCUACGCUGGUAAGAAACCUUUAAUCCUUUAAUAAGUUACAGUAACUCUUAAUAGACAGGGUACAUAGGCAAUUAAAAUUAGGAUAAAUAACGGUUUUCCUCAUGAUAAAAACCAUGAAUGCUAUAGUUAUGAAGUAACCAUAGGACGAUUAAACUCAUCACUUAGUCUUACUGAUUAAGCGGCUUUUGGAUUGAACAUCAUCCCACUAACUUAUUAAUAAGAGCUCCACAUCUUAAUAAACACACUGCUCUGAUUGAUGCGUUCAAGGAAACUUAAGAGACAUUUUCUGCCUUCUGUCAUUUUCAAGCACAUCACCUUCAGCUGUGGACAAUACGUCGUAGGCCUUGAGAGUGUAGCUGUACUGUAUGAACCAUGAAUUCACUUCAACAGUGCAGAACUCCUCCUUCACGCAGACUGUAUGGUCUGAGAUGGUCUGUAACGCUAUGUUUGUAUGAUUUCUUUCUUUCCAAGCCUUACUGUUCUGUUUUAAGGAUGGUUGUGGACAGUCAUGCCAGCUCUGUGUCUCCAACUCUGAGCUGUUGUCAUGGUGGUUUGGAAAUAAAAGCAAAGCAUACGGUCACACCAAA